AUGGAUUUUAUGUCUCCUGCCGCAAUUUUGACAUUUGUCAAGGAGCAAUUCGCCAUGUUUAUCAUACUACUCCUCAUAUUCAGUUUGAUUUUGCGCAGUUUUUAUCGUCUGUAUCUUCACCCUCUCCGUCAUAUACCAGGCCCAAAGUUGGCGGCAAUUUCUCAUGCCUAUGAGUUCUAUCACGAUGUGAUCAGAGGAGGACUAUUUGUUUGGGAAAUUGAAAAGAUGCAUAAAAAAUAUGGUCCAAUUGUGCGGAUCAACCCCCGAGAAGUCCACAUCAAAGAUCCAUAUUUCUACGAUGAGCUUUAUGCGCCGAUCAGCGGGAUGCGAGACAAAGACCCAAAAUCUGUAGUGAUCUUUAGUGCGCCCACCUCAUUAGUCGCAACAGUUGGUCAUCAAACGCAUCGCAUGCGCCGGAAGUUACUAAAUAACUUCUUCUCAAGGCGGUCAAUUGAGAAUAUUGAGCCAGUUAUCCACAAUUCACUCUCAAGAUUCCUAGACGGUCUUACUACAGCCUACAAAGAAGGCAGCGUAGUAGAGUUGAUCGACAGACUACAAGGGUUGACAGGCGAUGUGAUAACAGAAUAUGCGUAUGGAGAGAACUAUGGGCUCCAAGAUCCUGAGAACUAUGGCAAAGGCAUUGUCAAGGUUGUCCAAGAAGGGACGGACCAGAUUCACUUCUUUAGGUUUUUCCCUCUUGUUUCGCAACUCUUGCGAAUUAUACCCUCAUGGUUUAUGGGUCAGGUCUUCCCGGCCCGAGCGGCAAUAUAUCAGCUGCUGGAUGGCGUACGGAAGCAAUCAAUCCUCGCGCUUCAGCAGAAGAAUGUUUCCACGGCUCCCCAGAGGAUGACCAUUUUCCAAGCUCUUACGGCUCCAGAGGUACCGCCCGAGGAAAGAAAUCUGCAGCGCCUCCAGGAUGAGGGACUGGUUUUGUUUGCUGCCGGUACAGAGACCACGGCGACCACCUUAGCUGUGGCAUUAUUUUACAACUAG